UGUUGCAGGUUGACAAUGCACUGAAGAUGGCAACCAUAGCAAAUUCCAACUUUUUGAAAUAUUCGAGAUAUUUUCCAAAUCAUCUUGAGUAUGCUAGUCAUGUACCUAGAGACUGGCCGGAAAUAAGAAGGCUAAAGAAGCCAAAGAUACUAAUAGUUGAUUCCAAGCCGAAUUAUGUACUCUGUGUAGAGAAUCUAGAACAUAUAGACAUUCCUCCGAAAAGCAAGUCUAAAGAACCUACUGACAGAAAACGGAAAAAGCAUCCAAUAGCUACAACGUCUGCCAGUCAAACAGACGGAUGCGAUGCCAUACAAACAUAUACACAAACAGAUGAUAAAAUUAUCCAUGAAAUUGCAACUCAGACUGAGGAUGAAGAAGUUCCAGAUAGCCCAAAGAGAGUUGUUGAGGAACCUCAACAUGUACCCACAUUUGAGCGUGUGGAAUAUGCACAACAGUCCUCAGGGGUUGCACAAGACAAACAGCCAUCACAAAUUCCGACGCCAGAGAAAAAUUGGGAGGACUUGAGAAAUUUUGGAGAGCCAAGAAUAGUUGUCUCUGUAAUAGGUGCUUAUAAUGAAUGUACGCAAACGUAUGAGUGGGCCGAUCACAUGCUUUUAAAGAAUGCCAUUGCGCAUGUCGCAAGAUAUUCAGGAAGAUGUGGGUUUCUAUAUAAUGAGAAAAACACAGAUUUUGUAAACAGUGUUGUUAGCAGAAGUUGUGUUAUAAAAGGUUUACCACUAAAAUAUGGAUACACCUCAAUGCAUUUUUCUGACAGACUAAAGGAACACAAAACAACAGACAAACAGCAUACAUGUUAUAUAAGUGAACACUGUGAAGAUCUUCUGGAACUUGAAAAGUAUAUCAACUCAAAAGGCCGGGUAUUGUUUGAAGAAGGCGAAAAGAAAUCCAAAACGUUAUCAAGUAAACCAGGAGGUAAAGGACAUACAGAAAACCAAGAAAGAGCCGAUAUCCGAGUUCCGGUGGCUUUAUUGGUGCUGAAUGGUGAUUUAGACACACUUGAUCACGUUAUGAGAGCAAUAUAUAGUGAUAUAUCAGUGGUGGUCGUGAAAGGAACUGGAGGGGCUGCUGACCUCAUUGCUUUAUGCCUGGAAAACUUUUCAAAGCUGAAGAAAGAAUUACCAAUAAUGAUAACAAGACGUUUCACGAAAGGACAUUUUAACAAGAUACUUGAAGUUUUCAAAAUGAUAAUUGAAAAAGAUUGGAUGAUUUCAAUAUUUGAUAUCAAAGUUGAGGAACAUGAUUGUCUAUGGGAAAGAAUAACUGAUGGAAUAACUAGAGCAUGGUCCUAUGAAGAAACACAGGAUGAGGAAGUUAUGAUGGAUGAAUAUCUUCCUUUGAACGGUGGAGAAUAUAUCUCAAAGUAUGUUGCGAACAUUGAUGGUCUCACCAGGAGAGAACUGUUUGCUGGCUAUUGUUUAACUGAACCAAAUCAACAGAAAGACUCAAUAGAUACAAUAGACAAUAACCGCGAAGAUGUAUUUGCCACUUCUUUUCAUGGUGGUAAGAUAGAAAUGAUGGAACAGAUACUUAACAGUGACGAAAACUUCUCAAUGUCAAAAAGUACCUUUCAGGGAUUAUGGAAGCAGGAAAUAGCAGCAGAAGAUGACAAGAUACUGCAGAGUGUGUGUCCAAGUGAUAUAGAAGAUCCAAAUGCACCUUUAUAUAUAGCGGACGAACUCCUCAAAGGCCUUUGUUGUUCUAAAAUUGGAAUGAUAACAUGCUGCAAACGCUGCAGGAACAACGACAAAGAAGACAAUAGUGACAACAUUUCAGACACGGUGCCAACAAAUGAGACAUUGCUUGUUGCUGUAUUGUUAAAUAAAACACAAAAGGCAGCUGCAUUAUGGCACCAGUUUGAUAAUCCAAUGAUGACAGCCCUGAUUUCGAGCAUGUUUCUUACCUCUUUGGCAAACAUUGCGGAAGAAAAGUUUGAGGAAAACCGCCAAAAUCAAUACCAGUCUCAUGCAAAGUUAUUUUUAUCACGAGCCGUUCUUCUGUUAGAAAAAAUGUUUACUGACGAUGAACAAAUGGCUAUAGAGGCUCUUGAUCACGUCUGUGAUGUUUGGGGCAAUAUUGAAAGUCCCCUACACUUCGGACACCAAUUCAAUAUAGAGGAAUUCAUAUCUCACUCUUCCAAUCAGAAAGAUGCAAGCAAAAGAUUGUUUGCGUAUAACGUAGUUUCAGUUGAAGACAUCAAGUUAGAUAUAAAAGACGAACCAGAGACUGAAAAUGCUCCACCACGGGAACAAAAUGUAACACCUACAACCAGUAUUUACUCGAUUACUAUAAGUGGAUGGUUUUCAUUUAUAAAGAACCACUGGAGAAAAAAGUCUAAGCUAUCAAUUGUUACAGCACCGGUUACAAUGAUAGUUAUCCACAUAUUAUUUUUCAUCACGGCUUUAAUGAUGUUCAGCUAUUUCCUCACUCGGGACCUGCAGCCUGGUUCAAUUAAUCUACUAGAAGGUUUGAUCUUCAUAUACAUGUUGGGUGAUUUAUUAGAGGAAAUAUGGAGCAUGAUUCGUCCGCAAAAAGAUUGCCACUGGUCACCACAAAGAAUAUUUCUCCACAUAUUUAAUAUUUGGAACAUUUUGGAUUUGCUGUGCUUCAUAUUGUACAUACUCGGAUUUUGCAUGCAUAUUUUGGACUCAGAUUUGAUAGCACAUACAAGGCGAAUAUACAGUAUAGCUUUGUUUAUCAUGUUCCUUCGACUAUUAAAUUUCCUGUUAUUGUCUAAACGGUUUGGUAUAAUCAUAAUCAUGGUGAAAGAAAUGCUUGUGGAUUUGAUGCAGUAUUUGGUAAUACUUAUCAUCCUUAUAUUGGCUGCUGGCGUUGUGUAUCAUGCCAAUGUGUAUCCAAGCCAUACAAUCGCAGGACCAAGUAAUACUGAGAAUUGGAGAACAUGGUCAAUUCUACAAAUUCCAUACUGGCAGGUUUAUGGAGAACUAUUUAUGGAUACCUUAGAAGGAAAUGAUAAUUCGGAUUGCAAGGAUAACGCAAAUUGUGCAACGGGAGAUUGGAUAACACCAGUAAUUGCUGCGAUUUAUAUGAUGUUGACAAACUGGUUGUUAUUAAAUAUUGUUAUUGCAAUGUUCAGUGCACGGUUUAAGGAAAUUCGAAAAAAAUCCGAACAGAAAUGGCGUUACUAUCGACAUUCAGUUAUAAUUGAUUUUGAAGAUAGAAUACCGUCACCACUCAAUUUUCCAUUUAGAAUUUUCAGUUUCUUAUGGUAUACUAAAAAAUGUCCAUGUUGUCCAUGUUAUAAGAAAACAACAACAGGUGACAGGAGUGAUAUGUUGAAAAAGGAACGACAAUUUGCAAAGGUAAUAAUAGUAGAAGAAAAUCAUGAAAAUAGAAUUUCGAAGAAGCAACACACAACAAAUAAACUUUGAAAGACAUUUUAUGAAGUGUUUUUAAUAUUAG